AGUCUGAUGACGUACAUUAGGUGCUUGGAUAUGUCAGAGUCGGAAAACUUCCAUUGACUUUCAGCUAAAUUUCAUUUGGUCCCUGCAUAUCAAAAGGCUCAUUUCGAUUAAUUUUCAUGGCAUUCAAGAAAACUUUGGAUGAUACUCACAAGACAAAUGGACAAAAGGCAUAUAAUCUUUUCAGUUUUGCAGACGCCACGUACUUGGCGUCCCAUUGGUCAAUGCCAAUGACGUCAUUUUAUAAGUUAUAGAAUGAGACAGAAAUGGUGGGUCAUAGACGUUUGAUGGCGCAUGCAAACAAAACACAAAACGGUGUGGCGUCUUGGCGGGUGUGGGUGCGUGGGGUGCAUUCCCAUCGUCGGGUUGCUUCGGUUGUCAGUGAGAAGUUCGGUGGAUCUGCUCGUUUUGUAGAAGGGUGGUUGAAAUAAGUUUACAAGAUGUCGGGACAAGCUAUUGACACAGACUGUAUGACGCUCACGCGUUUCAUCCUGGCUGAACAAAGGAAGGUCCCAGGAGCAACUGGAGAUUUGACAACUCUCCUCACCGCCAUCCAGAGUGCGGUGAAAGCCAUCAGUUCAGCUGUCAGAAAGGCUGGAAUUGCACAAUUGUAUGGAAUGGCUGGCAACACCAAUGUCCAGGGUGAAGAUGUGAAGAAACUGGAUGUCCUGUCUAAUGAUCUGUUCAUCAAUCUCCUGAGAUCUUCGUACACUACUUGCCUGCUUGUUUCAGAGGAAAAUGAAAAUGUUAUUGAGGUUGAGGACAAGUGCCAGGGGAAGUACAUCGUGUGUUUCGAUCCGCUGGAUGGCUCGUCCAACAUCGACUGCCUGGUCUCCAUCGGAUCUAUCUUCGGCAUCUACAAGCGGACCACGGACGGCGCUCCGACCGUGGGCGACACGCUGCAGGCGGGCCGCCGCCUGGUGGCCGCCGGAUACGCCCUCUACGGUAGCGCCACCAUGAUGGUGCUCAGCACGGGACAGGGAGUCAACGGAUUCAUGCUCGACCCGGCCAUCGGUGAGUUCGUGCUGACCGACCCCAACAUGCGGAUCAAGCCCCGCGGCAAGAUCUACAGCUUGAACGAGGGCUACGCCAACAAGUGGGACGACGCCAUCCGCGAGUACGUCAACAGCAAGAAGCAGGGACCGAAGCCGUACGGCGGCCGCUACAUCGGCUCCAUGGUCGCUGACGUGCACCGCACACUGAAAUACGGAGGUAUCUUCAUGUACCCAGCCACCGCUGACGCGCCCAAGGGCAAGCUGCGCCUCAUGUACGAGUGUAACCCGAUGGCCUUCAUCAUUGAACAGGCCGGCGGCAAGUCGAGUAACGGCUCGGUGAGCAUCCUGGACAUCCAGCCGGAGGCGAUCCACCAGCGGUCGCCCAUCUUCCUGGGCUCCUCAGAGGACGUGGAAGAGGUCCUCGCCUGCAUCGCCAAGCACAAGCAGUAGCCGAGGCCACAAGCAGAGGCCAGGACAAGGCCAGUCGGGCCGAGACGCGGUGGUUGGGCUCUGUUGGACGGAGGUGACAAAAUGAUAUUUUGAUAACCAGUAUAUUGUGGAUGUUAUUCAUUCCGAUUGUUUUGAAUGAAUUUAUUCUAGAGCACGCUAUGAACGCUAGGAGUGGAAGUAGAGUUUGAAAUACACGGGACUCGCACUA